GUCAUGUUCUAAAAAUUGAGUGUUCAAAUCCAGACGUGUUACGGACUCUCUAAUUCCUUCUCCUCCUUUACCUGAACUUCUCUCUAAAUUUGUACCUCUUGGCUCUUGUUUUCCGAAACCAACACGCUCUCUGCUCUCUCCCCAAAUCCCCGAAACCAUAGCCAUUAAUGUCUGUUGUCUAGUGCUCAAUCUCAGGGACGGAGAUGGGGAUAUUGUAUGGCAUGGUGGCCAGGGGUUACGUGGUGUUGGCGGAGUUCAGCGCCGUGCCGACGAACGCCAGAGACAUAGCGAGGCAGGUUCUGGGGAGGGCACAGCAGGGAAUCGAAGAUAGCAAUACCUCCUAUUCCCAUGAUCGUUAUAUUUUUCACGUGAAAAGGACCGACGGCCUCACCGUUCUUUGCAUGGCCGACGACGCCUUUGGACGGAGAAUCCCGUUUGCAUUUCUUGAAGAUAUCCAUCAAAAGUUUGUGAAAACUUAUGGGCGUGCGAUUCUCUCUGCUCCAUUCUAUGCCAUGAAUGAAGAAUUCUCAAGAAUCUUGAGCCAAGAGAUGGACCGUUACUCAAAUGAUGCAAAUGCCGAUAGAUUAAAUCGUUUGAAGGGUGAAAUGAGUCAGGUGCGAAGCGUCAUGAUUGAUAAUAUUGAAAAAGUGUUGGAGAAGGGUGACCGUUUGGCAUUGCUGGUUGAGAAAACUACGACAUUGCAAGGGAACGCAGUUCGCUUCAAAAGGCAAUCCCGUCGUUUUAAAAACACUCUAUGGUGGAGAAAUGUCAAGCUCACGUUUGCCUUGGUAUUUGCUCUCUUGAUCAUCAUCUAUGUUGUGCUUGCAUUUUUCUGUCGAGGCCCCCUGCUGCCUUCUUGCUUGAAGUAAACAAAGCAAUCCUACGUAAAACGAAUGUACUUAUCCCUUUUUGUAGAGGUUACAAUUGCUUGUACAUGUGAGCAUGCAAGUCCUGGCUUUGUCAACAUAUAUAUUGAAGUGGUAUACACCGCUAGCUGUGUGAAUUUUCCAAAGAUCAUUUUGAGAUGUGAAUUUUGGGAGAUUCUUAAUAUUAGAUGCAAUUUUCUAU